UAUGUAGAAUUCUUUUUGAAUGUUUUGUUUUUGGGAAAAUCCCUCCAUGUUUACAUAUUUUUGCCAUGACAUGAUGGACUUUUUCUCUUGACAUUUUUGGUAUUUUAUUUGAUUCCAAUUUGAGAUUUUACCAUUGUAUAUUGUUAUUCUUUCCAUAUUUUGUACCUAUAUUGAAGUUUUUGUGUUUGCUUCUGAAUUGUACAUAUAUUGUUUAAAUUUGAUAUAAUAUGGCUACCGCCACAUUUUUGGAUAGACGCAGUGGCUGCUGAACUUAGUGUCACUUACUAGCUAUUGUAAUAGAUACUCUACGGAGUAAUUUAGUCCUGGAAGAAACAUAAACAUCAGACGGUUUUCUCCUAGAAUUUUCGGCUUUCUGAUUUGGCUGGGACGGGUAUCUAGGAGAAUCGUACCGGUGUGUUUCUAUUGGACGCGAUUAGGGCAGCCGCCUGCGAAAUAAAUUCUACAGUCUGAUGUUUAUCCUUCUGGCGUGAAUUAUACUUGGAAAUAUUUACCAGAACGCAUAUAAUCGGAUCUAUUUGGAUUAUUAAGAAUUACAAGGAAACAUUUGGAAUUUUAAUCGUUUAUCUUAAUUCUGAACUGAAUUUUGGAACUAUUCUAUUUUGUAUCUGUUACCUUUCGUAUUGAAUCCUAUUUAUGAUGUCAAACCGAAAAAAAUCACACGUGAGGAGGGUGGAAGAGCUCGACGGAUCACAGGGCUCUAGGCAAGUCGUUGAUAAUAACCUUUUUAUGGGUAACCCACAUGUUAUGUCUGAUAUUUAUUAUUGUAAGUCAUCGAUAGAGGGUUUAGAAUUACCUAAGGUUGAGCUUUCAUAUUUUGAUGGAAGGUCUCGCGACUAUUUUAAGUUCAUACGACAGAUAGAGACGUUUAUAGAACCUCGAAUCAAGGAUGAUCAAGUGCGUUUAUUGUAUUUAAUUCAUUAUUGUAAGGGAAAAGCUAAAAAUGCGAUCGAAGGCUGUCUUAUAAUGGACCCACAGGCGGGAUAUAAGAGAGCUAAGGUUAUUUUAAAACAGCUUUUUGGGCAGUCACAUGUGAUAGCGCGAGAAACCUUAGAGGACUUAUUUAGAACUGGGAAUGUCGAAUUUAAUGAUCCCGAAUCAUUGACGAACUUGGCCAUUAAAAUGCAGAAUGCUUCUUUAACUUUAGAACAGUUAAAUUGUACAGCUGAACUUAACUCUAUGACUACUUUAGAACGAAUAGUAAGGCUCCUACCUCGUCGAAUGCAAGCCCAGUGGGCAGAGCUAGUAUUCAAGUGGGACGAAGAGGAGAGAGAGCCCAAUUUUAACGAAUUGACGGAAUUUAUUAUGUCUCGUGCUAAGAUAGCUGGUAGUAGGUUUGGAAGAUUAGCUUAUCAGGCUAAAACAGGAAAUAAUACGGAAGCUACUAGUGGUCUGCGUGCGAGACAUUCGGAUUCUUCGUUUCUACCUAAAGCAUACUCGGAAGAUAAGAGAAUUGUCAAUUAUAUCACGAAAGCAUACGCUGAUGAAGUACGAGUACGUGACCGUAACGAUGUAAAUUCUCUUGAUGCGUGUCCUCGUAAGAAGCCGGAUGGUGUAACAGAUAAGAUGGCUUUUCUAAGUGUAGAAAAGAAAGAAAAAGGUGAAAAAGGUAGGCAUCAAGAUGGAUCCGGAGUGUGUGACGAUAAAAGCCUUUUAGCUGCUCGAAAGGCCUGGAACGGUAAUUUGGAUUCGAGUAAUCAGAGGUUGGUGAGUUCAGCAAAUAUGAAUAAAGCCCAGACAGGAUUGACUGAACGGAAUAAAGCUUAUUUUCGGAACCCUUCAGUUAGGGUAAAUUAUAUAACUGGACCUAGAGUAGCUUCUAGGAUAAGUGAUGGUGGAACAGUAACGGCUAAGAAGCCUAGGAGACAUGAUGCUACUAUUACUAAGAAGCCUGAACCUCAUGCUCUUACGGAUGCUACGACUAGCUAUGGAAAUAGUAGCCAUCAGAACCUCAAUAGUCACAGUGAUAAUAAGGAUAUAGAAAGUGUCAGCAGUCCACUUAUAGGGACUAGUUUAUCGACUUCAUCGAGUGAGCCUCCUAGUGUUUCGACGCCGUUGGACCUCGUCACGAAGGUUAAGUCGAUUGAAGAUGCACAAGGUUGUGCAGCUGUAACUGUUCCUAUUACGGUUGACCGUCAGUCGAGUGAUGAUGAGAAGAAAAUGUUUGAUGGUAACAGACAGUCUACAGUGAUAUGUGAUGACGAUGCUAUUGUUGAGCAUAUGUCUUGUGCCGCUGAAACGUAUGCUAACGCAGAACGGAAUCAAUUAGACGUUGAUAAUAAACCGGAUGUCACUGAUGUGACAAAUGAGUUACCGACGAUGAUGAACACUGUUCAAACCUCCUCUGCAGCAGGAGAUGGAAGGAUAAAUAUUGAUCCUACGUCAUGA